UCACUGUGCAGGUCAGUAUUUGCCAACAAAUUCAAACGUGGCCAAUCAGAAAAUAUAAAGUCUCUGUGAAUGUUUUUUCCUCAGAAAGUGAUGGUAAAAAAUUAAUAAUUAAUCGCACAUUCAGCCGAUAACUUUUAAAAACCGACCUGAGCCCAUUCACCCUACCCCUCUGCUUGCACUCUGCGCAUGCGCCUCUGCUCUCCACAGAGUUUCGGCCUGUUCCGGAACCACUCGGUGAUUCUCGCCUCUUUGUUACACUGAUAGUGGAUUUAACUCGGAUUCAACCCAAACAUCCAGCGGACUGCGCGGCUCUCAACCAGGCUUUGAUGAGACGCUCUCCACGAUGAGCAGCUAACACCGUCGGCCGCACAACCGCAGGAAGAGACGUGGCUGCUGCUCCAUCCACAGUCGACGCAUGGCGGUAUUAGGGAACCCCGACAUGCUGACGAGGAAGAUAAAGCUGUGUCACAUCAACGCCCACAUCACAUGUCGCCUGUGUGAGGGCUACCUGAUCGACGCCACCACCGUCACCGAGUGCUUACACACCUUCUGCAGAAGCUGCCUUGUGAAGUAUCUGGAGGAGAACAACACGUGCCCCACGUGUAGGAUUGUUAUUCAUCAGAGCCAUCCACUGCAGUACAUCGGCCAUGACAGAACAAUGCAAGACAUCGUCUACAAGCUGGUACCGGGACUUCAAGAGGCGGAGAUAAAGAAGCAGAGGGAAUUCUAUCAGAAGUUGGGCAUGGAGGUGCCUGGGGACAUUAAAGGAGAGCUGUGCAACAUGAAGACUCAUCUAGAUCAGCGCAACGGUGACACAAAAUCCGAAGACACAGCAAAUAAGGAGCCUGGGGAGGAGAAACCAGAGGAGGACAACGACUACCAUCGUAGUGACGAGCAGGUCAGCAUCUGCCUGGAGUGCAACAGCAGCAAGCUUCGAGGUCUGAAGCGAAAAUGGAUCCGCUGCUCGGCACAAGCCACCGUCCUCCACCUCAAAAAGUUCAUCGCCAAAAAGCUUAACCUGACGUCGUUUAACGAGCUGGACAUUUUAUGCAACGAGGAAAUCCUGGGAAAGGACCACACUUUGAAAUUUGUUGUUGUGACAAGAUGGAGAUUUAAGAAAUCUCCGCUCCUGCUCCAUUACAGACCGAAGAUGGACCUGCUGUAGCUACAACAGACAAAACGUUUUGUUUUAUUUGGAUCUUUUUGGGCGGCUCAUUUGCCGUAGACUUUGGUGAAACUUUCCUCUUUUUUUAUUAUUUAUGCAAAGACGAUCAACCAACACCAAGCAAACACCAGAAAGCAACAAAAGCCAGCAAUUCGACAUCUAACGAGACAAAAACUGGUACAGGACCUGCAACACCGGCGAGGUUUUACCCACUAAAACAACCUUUUUUUUUUGUCAGCUACAUCCUACACAUGUGAACAAAAACAGAAAAUGGAAAAAAGGAGAUAAAGCAUAUAUUUAUACUUUUGUACAGAAUAGACAUGAACCAAGACACUACUGGUGCUCUGUUUACACACAAACAAGAUGUCUGGAGUCAUCUGAACAUGUUUUUGAGCUUCAUCCUCCUCAGACGAUGACUGACAGGAGAGGAAGGUCUUUUUUUUAAAAUAAAAAUACGAUUAUACAUAAAAAUGCAUCUUUUCACAACACAUAACAUGUUCUGGGGGCACAGAAAGCUUAUGGAAAAGUUAUAUAACAGGCAUCAACUUUAAGCUGAUUAAUUUUCUCUGAAUCGUUUUUUUUAUUUUAAUUUCAUUAUGUCUGAUUUGGAUUCCUGAUGAUUGUCAAUUGUGAAUAGGCUUUUUUUGUGUAGUAAUUUAUGUUUGAUAUGCUGAUAUUGUACAUAAAAUGUCAUUACAGAGAGAUUGAAGAGAGACUUUAGACUGUUAAAAAGGAAGAAAAAAAAAAAGAGUGGAUCCCUGAAGUGCUAUCUAUAUGGUGAUAAAGACAGACUCGUUAUUGGUAUCAGAGUAUAUAAAAGCAUCUUUAUGUUGUUCUAGAAGGACACAAAACAGCUAUAUCACAUCUGCAACCAUUUAUGUGUUUGUAGGGUCUCAAUAUGUGAAUCGACUUUAAGGUGGAGGAGGCAAACUGUCCCCAGCUUCAAGCUCCUCAUUUUGUUGAGAAUAUUUGCCCGUAAGACUUAAGAGAUGUUGUCUUUUAGGCAGAAAAGUUGUUCAUUUUAGUUUUUUGUCCUUACACCAAGCAGUCCUUAAUAUCUGUCCUUGUGUUUCUGCACCUGUUUAAGCAGCAGCAGAAACUUUCACCUUUAAGGGUUUUUAAAAAACUUGACUCAGCAGCUUCACUUGCAGUCUUAAGUUUGUCCUGGUUCAGGAGAAAAGGCAUUUAUCUGUGCAAGAAACACAACAGGUUGGUCGUUACUGGUCAUAUUUCACUGCCAGCUGGAGAAGCUGCAUGGUCUUCAGGUGCAUUUCUGGAGGAUAUUUACAUUUUUGUUCUGUCACAAGUAUUUUAAAUGUUUUCUAGAACAGCCAGCUUUCGAGUCUUUUUGAAAUAACAAAAAUUCAGGUUUUAACAGGGGCUGAGAUGCAUUUUAAUAUUGAAAUUCAGAAUAAAAUGACCACAGCCGGGGUCGUUUGGUGCUUUAAAUGUGCGUUUGUAAUCCUGAGGAUGUUUAUAUCUCAACAACAUGCUGUUCUUAACUGUGUGACGCAGCAAAUCCACAAUCCAGGACAAAGGUCUUGGAUUCCUGAGCACCGUGGCAGACCUUGAGUAUCAUUACCUCUCAGGCUCAUUUACCCUCUCCACUGAAUCAGCCCCUGACAUGCUCUUCUAAUACAUCCCCAUAUCUUGGAAAGUUUGUUACAUUUUCCCAAAAAGAUGAACUAUGACAUGUGUUACAUAGGUGCAUCUUAAUAAUGUAGAAUAUCAUUGAAAAGUUCAUUUAUUUCAAUCAAUAAAAAAAAGCAAAAGUCAUGUAUUUUUAUUACACAAACAGUGAUGUAUUAUUUGAGGAUUGUGGCUUUUAGCUAAAGAAAACCAAAAAUUCUGUUCGUUAGAAAAUGAUAAUGUUACAUCAGACCAAUAAAAUAUUUUUAAUACAUAAA